UUCCCUCUCCUUUGCUAGGGGACCGAGUUUGCCGUUGAGCCGGACGAGUCCGGCCUGGGUUUCCUCAUUUCGGGGCUGGGUUGGCGUAUUUUUUAGGGUUUGGUCCGAGUUGGCUCAGCCGAGUCACGAGUGAGGCUCCCCUGUGUGACGGUGACACGGCCGAGUCGGAACCAAACGCAUUAAAUGGUGGUGCGAUUUUUUUCUAGACGCGCAGGCGCAGGCCGUGUUUGUGAAGGGGGCACCACGCCUCCACCUUUGUGUGGGCGUACUUACGAUAUUGUCCCUGGGAAACCCUAAGGACACCGAAUGACCACUAAGCCACAUGCGUUUCCUUUUUUUGUUUUUGGAAAUAUUAAAUGCGGAGAUGGCCACCAUCUUUAUCGCUCUGAGCUGUCAGUCACAAAAUCAGAGCUGUACAAAUAAAUGUGCAAGGAGAUUCUUUCUCUUUCAAACCUUUCUUAGGGCCACCAUUUCAAUAUUUUUACUUUUGGAUCCUCCUGUCGAGGAAGAGCUGGAAUGGUUGAACAAAGACGUCUUCCCGGGCGUGGAGACAUUCCUGGACUAUCUUCCAACGAGCGUGGAAAACGUUCCCAAACAGCAGAGCCCAAUUUCGGUGCUGGAGAACAGCAGCCACAGCAGUAGCAGCAAUAACAGCAACAGCAGCACCACUACUAUAAUGAGCUGCUGCGAGAAUUUCCGAGUGCCCAGCCGGGCAAGGAGCAAGCGCCGCCGCAGGCGCCACAAGGACUUCUCGGACAUCCCGGGCCAGCCGUGGUGGUGGUGGAGUAGCCAGGGUAACACCAACGCCAACAACAGCAGCCCUACCAAUAGCAAACAAACAAUUACAAGCUCUACAAUUGGGAGGAAGUGCCAGCAUUGCCAAGCGGAGAAAACACCCCAAUGGCGGGCAGGCCCCCUCGGCCCCAAAACCCUCUGCAAUGCUUGCGGGGUGCGGUACAAGUCUGGCCGCCUCGUGGCUGAGUAUCGGCCGGCGAGCAGCCCGACUUUCUCAAGCAAGGUGCAUUCUAAUUCGCACAGGAAGAUUAUGGAAAUGAGGAAGCUGAAGCAGAGGGAUGUGAUGGUGAGGCCUUGUGGAUAAUUUGGUGGUUAGGGGAGUGAUGGGUAGGUUUCAGAUUUUUUUUUUCUUCUUUUUUUUUUUUUGGUUUUUGUUUUUGUUUUCCCCUUUUAGCUUAGUUAGAGAUUAGGGUUUGUUGUAAUGGGAUAGUGCAAAAUCUCUGUUUGGAUUCCGAAAAAAAUCCAAAGGAGGAAUUUUGACAUUAGUGUGUUUGGUUAUGUUUUAGAAUUAGAACCAAAAAAAAGAAAGUGUUUCGGUUUUGUUCAUUUUAUACUCGCCCCGAUUGCUUGGAUUGGAGGGAUUUCAGAAACUGAGGGUUUUAUUGAUUUUUGAAUUGAAAGAAAAUUCUUUUGAUCA